AUGAAAAGUGGCGAUUUACCCAAUAAGAAAGCUUUUGAACCUAAUGAAGAGGCUCACCAACCAAAGCUCAACAAAGACAUGCCACAUAACAUGGAUCAAAAAUCGUUAAAAAAAAUUAAUUUUGCGAAAAAUGUUGAUUCAGUUGAGAUCACAUCUUCGUACAGCAACAGCUUUUACAAGGAUAUAUUGAGUCAGCCAGCACCGGGGCUCUCUCAUUUUCAAAAAUUGCUGUGGCUUCAGAAGCGCCGAACAACGGGUCUUUGGGUACAGUGCGACGAAUGUGACCGCUGGAGAUACAUGCCCAACCUUAUUGACCGUCAUGAACUACCUAAUAAAUGGUAUUGUUCCAUGAAUUCAGACAUUGACUUUGCAAGUUGUUCAGUGGCCGAAGCUCCACUCCGUCUACGUGAUGAAGAGGACUUGAUUCACAGCGAGUAUACGGCGGGAUCACUUGUGUGGGCUCGUCUGACCGGCUGGCCCUGGUGGCCAGCCAUGGUUGACGAUUGUCCCGACACCGAACAAUUUUAUUGGCUUGAUGGAUUCUCUGAUAUACCGACGCAUUAUAAUGUUGUCUUCUUUGACGAAAUGGAAGCUACCCGAUCUUGGAUUGCUCCUCAGAAUUUAAAACCUUACACGUCUAAUAAAAAUGGAUUCAAAUAUCCAUUAAAAAACAAGAAGUAUAACUCACGUCUUAAAGUAGCUAUGGCCCAAGCUGAUUUAGCUGAAAAAAUGGUGCUUGCAAAACGUUUAGAAAAUUUUUGUUUCUUAAAUAGAUAUAAGGGAAGUAUUGGUAGUCCUAAGAAAGUAAGUAAAUAUGAUCUACAAAAAUAUCAAAAGCGUUUCAAGAACAAGUUCAAUAUCGAAUUUCCUAUAGAAAGUUCGGAUUCUGAUGAUGACAGUUACUCCGAUAAUGCCAGUGGAGAUAAAAACGCACCUACUAUUAAAUUCGGGAAAAGAUUGAGGUUAGAUAAAGAUAAGACUUCAUCACUGCAAACUAGUAACUCCAAAAAUGAUAAUUAUGAAAAAGGGCAAACAGAUACAGUCUCCAAAUCGUUAAUGUCGAAGAAUGAGGUUGACACUUAUAAGGCCACUUAUUCUAUAGUGGCUCAAGUUGGAAGUACAGAGGCUACGUCUAUUGAUAAUGAUACUUCUACAACUUAUUUACCGGAUAAAGGAUCUGAAAACCCUGAUGCUAGUAUAAGAAUAGAAACUCCUAACAGUGAUGACUUUGACUUCUAA